AGCAGCUCCCAAAGCUGCAAGCCGCGCAUGCAGUUAUCGACUUGGGACAGCCUUGUUACAGCUCCUCAUCCCUUGACAAGCUAGGCUUCUUCUCACCCCGCGCAGAGCAGUUUGACGCCACGGUGCCACCGUGCCCAGGGCAUCAUGCCAGCCCUCGAGCUGAACACCCGCUCUCUGAUCUCUCCGCUGGGAGUGGUCCGCUUCUUUGAGGUUUUCUUCGCCUGCACGGCCUUCAGCCUGGUCUCCGUCUACCACAGCUACAACGGCUCCAACGGGGUCUGGUGCAUGUUCACCUGGUGCUUUUGCUUUGUCGUCACGCUUCUCAUCAUCCUCGUGGAGUUCAUCGGCUUGGCCCAGUCGCUGCCCCUCUCCUGGCAGGACUUCACCUCUGCCUUCUCGAUGCUGGCCGCUCUCAUGACCUUCACCACGUCCGUGGUCUACCCAUCGGUCUUCAUCGCAAACAGCUGCUCAGGCAGGGAUUGUGCCUACAAAGGCUCAGCCACCGCCAUGUCCUGCCUCUGCUUCAUCGCUUACGCCAUCGAAGUGGGGCUCACUCGAGCCAAAUCCGGGGAGGUCAGCAGCUUUCUGGCGACCGUUCCUGGCCUCCUGAAGGUGUUUGAGGCAUAUGUUGCUUGUCUCAUCUUCUCAUUGGUAGACUUCACAAAGUCCUAUAGGUCCUAUGCUGGCCUUCAGUGGUGCGUGGCCGUCUAUUGCAUCUGCUUCAUCAUCACGAUGUUCAUCAUCAUCCUCACUGUGGGACGUUGUCUCGCCUCCCUGCCCUUCCCCCUGGAGAAGGCCCUGGUGGCUUACAACUUUUUGGCUGUGCUAAUGUAUAUAACGGCUACCUUUGUGUGGCCCAUCUACAGUUUCAGGGACUUUUCGAGGACCUACGCAUGCAAUGCAGGUUUGUGUCGCGAGUGGAACAAUCGUCUUGGUGUGACUUUCCUAACUAUCUUCAACCUCAUCGCCUACAUUGUGGACCUCGUCUACUCCUCCAAGAUGGUCUUUGUGACCACUCCAGCUUAGCUUGCUCCACCCGGUAGAAGGAACCUUGCUUGGGACGCUGGUUAUGUCCAGAACGCUGGGAUUUAGAAAAAAAAAACUUAACUGUUUGCUUGGAUAUAAGGAGGAAGUGACUGGGAGCAGUAUUUCUUAUCAUUUAAAAAUCUUUUUCUUUCCCUUGGCUUCCCCCCCCUGCAGUUAUUGGCUCCCCAGCAUGUUUUAUUGCUAUAGAUAAGCCCUAAGGUGCCUACCUCCCAGCUUUGGUAGAUCUUGCCCAGAUGUUGUAAUAGGGGGUCAGAAGAUUACUGCAGGGGGUGCUCACAAAAGCUCCGGGAAAAGAGGAAAACUCUAGAAAAACCUGCUCCCUGCAUUAAAAGGGGAGGGGGAGUUAUCCAGAGAGGAGGAUGGAGCAGUAUUUUGGGGGAGCGGAGUGCAGGGGAGGGAAGUGGGCCCUGGACCAGAAUCCUGCCACCCUGAAACAUGCGAACUGAGUGGGUGAAAGGAGUUGUUCACCUUUGUACUCAGGUAGAUACUGAUAACCAUUUUUUCCACAUAGCUACACCUGGGGUGUGGUAUAUUUACCUUUCAUGCUUGGCAGGUGUUAAAGAGAGCCCGUUAUCAACACCUAAGCCCCCCUAAGUGGUGUUGCCAUCACCUCAAAGGGACUUGAUUAUCUGUAUUUUCUUGCCACUUCCUUGGGAAGGUGGUACCACAUAUUGGGUGCUGACGUGUGGUCGAAUGUAAGGUAAAAAGGAUGUCUGAUGGGUCCAGGUGUCUAUUUCGCCACACUUUUUUUGUACGGUAGAAUUUUUGUGUUCAGCUUGGCAGGGUGACACGGGCAUGGCCCCCUCCUUCUUUGCCUUGCUCUGAUGGAUAACAAAGAUACUUAGGAUAGCAAGAAUGCUGAAAAAUAAUAUAUAGCAUCUAUUCAGUACUUCCCCCUAAGAAUUCAAAGCUCUUCUUGUGCAUGAUGCCUGUAAUUCUUGCACAACAGCCCUGUAAGGUAGACCAGUGUUGUCCUUGAAUCACAUCUGGCAGGGAGAGGCGGCUUUGGUGAGUUAAGUGGGUUGCCCUCGGAGAAAAUGGUCACAUGGCUGGUGGCCUCCGCGCCGAGGGAUCUAACAAACUGUCAAACAAAGUUCAGCAAAAUACACAUGUCUUACUAGAGUACAUAUGAUUAAAAUCAGGGCUUUUUUUCUGGGAAAAGAGGUGGUGGA